CCGUUCUGUCCUGUUUUGGUUCUGUUUCGGUGCUCCUCCUCACUCUGUAAUGUAACUCAGACAAAUGCUGUUGCUGACCAAACCAAAACAGGACCUGUUUCCCAAACUAUCAUCAAACGGGUAAUUCACUGGCUUAAAUUUUGUGUUGAGGAGGAGCAUGAUCAUGAGGGAUGCUGUUAUUCUUCAGGCUCUUCUUUUCAUCCAUAUCUCUGUGGCGUGCUUCUUCACUGCAGUGUCCUGUCAGUCUGACAGCAGCAGCAGUGUGGUGGUGGCCGGCUACGAUGUCAGCGGCCCCGCCGGGUCCAACCUGGUACUGCAGUGCAUGAGCGGUCGCAUGGUAUGGACCAGGGACAGGGUGAGGGACAGACAGAGGGUGGUCCACUGGGAUAUGUAUCGGGAUGCCCCAGACUACGCCAUGGAGAGAGUGGUGGACAUGUUCUCGGCUGGAGACCAGAGGCUCUACCACACCCACAAUCUGGAAAGGGUCGGCCUCAACCCAACAGCCUUCAAGGAUGGGAACUUCUCACUGGUCAUCAAAGAUGUGACGAUGAACGACAGAGGCUUGUACUCCUGCAACCUCCACCACAUCUACUGCCACCUGCACGAAACAGUCAGAGUUCAGCUCAAUGUGACCAAAUCAAAACGCAAGCAGCAGCGCUUCUGGGACGGACAGAAAGCGGUGUACGUGGUGCUGCAGGGGACCACCGCCGUAUUGCCCUGCAUCAACAGGCGCAGCGUCUGGACAGACUGGAGCGACGAGGAGGAGGACCAGCAGGUUGUCCACUGGGACCGUCAGUCCCCGGGAGUCCAGCAUGACAGUGCCGAUCGGCUGGUGGACCUGUACGCCUCUGGAGAGCAGCGCAGCUACGGGCCUCUGUUCCUGCAGAGGAAGAUGAACAUCAGCAAUAAGGCCUUCUCAGAGGGCGACUUCUCUCUAACAAUAACAGACCUGCAGUUUACAGACCAGGGGACAUAUUCCUGUCACCUUCACCAUCAUUACUGUGGCCUACAUGAACGGAGACAGUUUCGAGUCACGGUCGAGGCCCCUCUGAUUCAGAGCACACAACCGGUCGUAACACUUCCCCGAGACAAAGACACCAGUAAAGCUGACGCACCGCGAGUCAUCAAUGUCAUCCUGCCCGACCAAAAACACCAUUUCCUCCUGCCGCUCUGCUACGUCCUCACCUCAUUCCUACUUCUGGCAUUCAUUACGCUCAUUGUCGUCCUCGUCACGAAACGACGUAAAGCCAAAGAUUUUUCUCCUAAAGUAUCUGUUAGAUCUGACCAGCUCCUGUCUGCUGUCCCUGCUGAGACCACCACCACAUCUCUCAGGUCCAGCAGAAGUCCCAGCAGCUCAGAUGAGUAUGAGAUAGACUUUGGUGAGGUGAACACGUGUACUCAAGAGAACGGAUUUGAAUACAAGAACAACCUGCUAAAAGAAAACGCCCUGAUGAAGGCGCAGCCAAAAGUCAUUGAUCUUGACAAAGAGAUCCAGAAGUUUUCCAAGUGAGAAAGUGAGACAAGCAAAAUCUGAGUCACUGGCGGGUCCAGAGGCUGAAUUUUCUCUAGACAAAAACCCAUCCACGUUACCUUCUGUCGUAGCCAGAAGAAACCAGGGUGGAUUUUUUGGAUCGAGUUUUGCCAUUAUUAGAAAAAUGUCACUAACUCUUUAAAUAUCAAACAUAAAUGACUCCAUUUAUCCACAGCUAUGACUUGAAAGUGGACAAGAGAAACCAAUGAGGCUUCUUCUUCUAAAAGCAGACUCUUCAUGUUGUCUGAUUGUUGUCUCGUAUCAUGGCAUCUAUUAUGGUUGUAGGACUUCUGCAGUAUUUCAGUGCUGUGCUUUAGCCAUUCUAUGUUAAUUAAUCAUUUUAGAUGUCAUAAAGGCACGCUUAAAUUUUACUUUGUACAGUUUUAGUUCACAGCUUUCUCUGGUCAUGAACUCCCCCUAGUGGGGUAGCAAGAGUACUAACAUCCAUCCAGUGGGGCAACAGGUACUAUUUUUUUUCUUUUUGCUAAAAAUAUCUAAUUCAGCUUUUUCUUUGUUCAGUUUAGUGCUAUCUGUAAUGAAUGUCAUUUGUGCUGCUGCACUUUAAUGCUCAUACAUUCAAGGAAUAAAAAUAUGAGGAAUUUUA